GCGGCUGAGAGCCAGCCCAUGCAGAGCCUUCCCUCCUCCAGCCCAUUGUCCCAUCUGCAGAUGUCCGCAAUUGGCUGGUGAAUUUAUUUAGGCUCCAAUGACUGUUCCAACAUACCCAUGCCAGCUGGAAGAGAUGUCCUAAAUCCUUGUUGGAGCCCAGGGUUUGGAGGGCAUCAGGAGUGGCAGAAGCCUGGCAGGGGGCUGAUGAACCUGAUGGUGAUCAUGCCUGUCUCCAAGGUGUGCCUCAGACCCGCCCCUCUGACACCCAGCCCAAAACACCAUGACUUUCCAAAAGGAAGGCCCGCGUGGAACGCAUGCGCAUCUCGCCCCUUGCCCUUGACGCCGCGUGUGCACGAGCCGGAGCGACGUUCCCUCGUGACAGACGGCGGCGGCGACGGUGCGGACGACGAGGGCCCGCGUCUUCGCCUUGUCUGCUUAGUUAUUGGACUGUCCCUUGGUGAGAAUACACAGGAAGAAAGGGGCAGCUGAGAUCUGGACAAUGCAAGCACAGGAAUUAGUGACCUUCAAGGAUAUAGCUAUAGAUUUCACCCAAGAAGAGUGGGCCUUGCUGGACACAUCCCAGAGAAAGCUGUACAGAGAUGUGAUGCUGGAGAACAUCAGUCAUCUGGUCUCUGUUGGAUAUCAUCUCUGCAAAUCAGAUGUGAUUUCCCAGUUGGAACAAGGAGUGGAGCUGUGGAGGGAGGGCAGAGGAUUUCUCCAGGGCCUGAAUCCAGACAGGAAAAGUGGCCUUAAGAGACAAGAAGACAUCUGCAAAAAGGACCUGUCUAACUGCAUGUCAACGACCCACAGAACGUACAACAGCAAGAGUGAACCUUGAGACAUGAUAGUGGUCAGCCUGUCAUUGAAUCCUUCUGUUCUGAAAUCUGAGGUUUCCCACUGCCUGGCUGCUGCAGGAAGAAAUGUAACUUUGUUUUACCUCAGUCAUAUUUGAUUUCUAAUAUUUUAAUUAAAAGUUUUUUAAAUGUGAA